AUGUCGGUUGAUUUGACUGAGUUGAAGCGGAGUGACUUCCGUCAUGUGUGCGGCUUGGACUCCAAAACUGGAGGUAUGAGUUACUAUGACUUACACCAACAUGCACUCUUAUGUACAUGUCUCAGUGAUAGUUUAACCUGUCCAAAUACUAUGAUAUUAAAACUGAAGGCACACAAAAGAGAAAUCCUUAAUUGUUCACAUAGUCUGCACCAUCUAUUAGGAGGUGCUCCAAUGCCUCCAGUCAGCAUUCUACACGUGUCCAGCAGCACAUCAUGGACACUACAUAUUUUGCUGUCGAAGGGCUUUAAUUCCUCCAAAUCAGGAACACAAUGGAGGUAUAUAAUAUCUUCUGUUCAUUCCUUGCAGGCUGUGGGGCCAGUAGAAGAGCUUGUGGUCGUUCGAGAACUGGGUCAGCACCUUGGAAAAAUGGUGGAUGCGGCAGCAAGGAAUACCCUCUUCAUCACCCUCUUUCACCCCUCUUCGCAUGACCCACGUAUGCCACACAAACUGCGCAUAUUGUCUGCACUUGUUUCGCUCGCCAUCGUAACACAUAAUGUCUCGGUGCUGGAGGCAACGGCCGUGUGGAUGCAGCAAGUAUGUUGCCUGAGUGCCUGGAGCGGGGAGGUUUGUCGAGGCCUAGUUCAGGACUACUUCCCGCUCACGCCAACUGCACCCCCACACUUUGCCGCUGCCUUGAGGGCACUCCCAACUAUGGCUCCACUCUUCACAGCAAAUCUUAUCACAACGCUGUCACAGCUGUAUGCCAAAGUUGGUAGUGGCGAACCAUGUGAACGGCCGCCAGAUGCACUUGUCUCGACAGUUGUGUGGUGGAUGCAAAGGGGCCCCUGGGUCACCCCUCACCUGGCACUGGCUCCUCUCACCCAUCCACUCCCAGGAGUGUCUCUGCCCAUGACUGCUGUGCCACCAAUUGUUCCUCUGAUGAAAUGGUGUGCUGAGUCUCCCUUCUUUGAAAGUACUGAUGCAACCUCAGAUGGCCAGGGAAGAAGAGCCAGCCUACCAAAGCUUACAGAUGGCGAUGGUGCUUUUGAGAAAGGGGGAGGACCUCUUAAGGCGCCAUUGCUAGAGAGCGGCGAAAUGUAUUCACAACUACACCUCUCCAUCUUACAGACACUGCAGAAUGUACCAUCUGUGAGGGCCCGCAUGACACAGAAGCAGGUGUUAUGCCCAAAACAGGUGACCAGUGUAGUAGAUGCUGUGUGUGAGAGAAUAAGGAGUUGCAGCUUAAAUGAUGACAGUGUGAACACCUCCCUUGACAGAUUAGCACAGACCAUUUUGGUUGCUCUCCAUACGGAGUGUCUCUCAGGAUCCCUCAGCGACAUGUGGGAUGCCCUGCACAGACUACCCAUCAAGAACCGCCUGAUCAACACGCUCCUUAACUCGCAUGAAGCCAGGUGACCUAACAUCAGGGUUUCUCUCGAGUCUUGGAAUGAGAGGUCACCUGCAAGAACUGGGUUAAUUUGAAUUUUUUUCUGCAAUUUCUUUAUGUAAUACUUUACAACCCUAGGUCAUGGUGUGAUUCUAGUAUUGUAUUUUUGUAUGGGAAAUUGUCUCUUUCAUAUUUUAUACAUUACAGUCUGAAAAUAACAUUUUUGAUAGAAUGUCAUAGAGUAGAUAAUAUUUUUUUCUUUAUGGAUGUAAGUUAUUAGAAUAAGUGAUAGAAGGAAAAUAAAGAGAAUUCAUAUUGAAAAUCUUCUUUCUAAACCUUUUCUGUAUUAUGCAGAUAUAUAUAAUACGUUACAUUACACAUUUUCUUUUUUAGAUGCAUAAAGUCAUUAACUGUGGCUUACAGCAUUUAAUGUAGAAAGUUCAAAGUUAUACAUGAUCAUUACUGCACAAAAUUAUUGUUAAUCUUCUUUCAUUUAUUACACACCACAAGGAUGGCAGUAGUUCCUAAUUGUGUGGUUAAUGGAUUCAUAAAAGAAAAUGUUAACAUAAGGGACAUUUGAUACCUGAACAGACCCUAUCAGAAAUAAGCUGUGGAUUACGUGCAAAAUAUUAAAUGUUACAGGAAAUAAAAUAUUAAAUAAUUGU